AUGGUGACCUCGCCGCCGGUGACGGUGAGAGCGGUUGUCUGCGCUCUCACCCUGACCCCGUCAUCACGGCUCAGCCGCGUCUCCUUUCACGGCUGCCUCGCACAGCGCCGCCGCCGCCGUUGGCCUCCUCGAUGUAGCGGGAAGCAAACUGCCGUGGUUGAGGAGGAAGCAGCUUCUUCGCGGGAGGCCAAGAACGGGAAAGGGGACGAGGGGAGCGGGGCGCUGGGCUGGUUUGCACUGGAUACGAUUGGGCUGGACAUUCUCAGCAUCGCUCUGCCCGCCGCCCUCGCGCUCGCCGCCGACCCCAUCGCGGCGCUCGUCGACACUGCCUUCGUCGGUCACAUAGGUUCGGCCGAACUUGCUGCUGUUGGUGUAUCGAUUUCAGUAUUCAAUUUGGUGUCCAAGCUGUUUAAUGUGCCCUUGCUUAACGUGACCACAUCCUUCGUUGCUGAGCAGCAGGCAAUGAAGGAUGAUGGUUUCAGUGGGACAAGAGAAGGAUAUGACUUUCCAAGCUCUCCUGAGGAGUUGACCCCGAAAAGGAAGUUUAUUCCAGCAGUAUCAACAUCAGUGGCUUUAGCAACGGGUAUUGGGUUGAUGGAAACUGUGGCACUGAUUUUUGGAUCGGGGACACUAAUGGAUAUGAUCGGCAUUCCUAUUGAUUCACCAAUGCGAAUACCGGCUGUGCAAUUUCUGACAUUUAGGGCAUAUGGUGCUCCACCGAUUGUGGUAGCACUUGCUGCAAGGGUGCAUUUCGUGGGCUCAUGGAUACGAAAACACCUUUAUAUGCUGUGGGUUACUAGAUCAGAGCAGAAUCCCAUGAUAGCCACUUUAACUGAAAACUAUUCUGUAGGUGGACUUCUGAUUGGCAGGACUAUUGCAGUACUCCUGACCAUGACACUGUCGACAUCGCUGGCUGCAAGGGAAGGGCCUGCUCCAAUGGCUGGCCAUCAGUUGUGCUUGCAAGUGUGGCUGACAAUUUCUCUUCUCAAUGAUGCGUUAGCUCUUGCUGGGCAGGCUCUACUUGCAAGUGAAUAUACGAAAAGGAAUUACAAGCAGGCCCGUUUGGUUUUAUACAGAGUUCUGCAGAUUGGAGGUGUAACUGGAAUUACACUGGCUGUGGCUCUGUUCUUUGGGUUUGGAUCUUUCUCUGUGCUGUUCACAAAUGAUCCGGCAGUUUUAGACGUUGCCAAAUCUGGAGUCUGGUUUGUCACUAUUUCUCAGCCGAUAAAUGCUAUCGUGUUCGUGAUCGAUGGGUUGUACUAUGGUGUGUCUGACUUUGCCUAUGCUGCAUACUCUAUGUUUUUUGUUGGUGCUCUUUCAUCGGCAUUCCUACUUGCUGCUGCUCCUAAGCUUGGUCUUGGCGGUGUUUGGUCUGGUCUAGUUCUUUUUAUGAGCUUGAGAGCAGCGGCUGGAUUUUGGAGGUUAGGGAGCAAAGGUGGACCAUGGAAGCACAUCUGGUCAGAUACUAAACUGAUAAAUGAGAAGAAUAAGAUUCGAUGGGAAGAUGGAAACAAAGAUUACUGA